AUGUUCUUGUCAUCUUUUUUAGAAUGUGCUGGUUAUGGCGUCGGCCAUUCCGCCUGUCCGUCGGUUCACCUUUGCACCGCACCUUGCGGCUUUCUGGCCUCAGCAAACUACCCAGCCAACUAUCCCAAUCAGCAUACCUGUCGCUGGCAUAUAAAACUCUCCCCCGGGAAAUACGUAGCUUUACAGAUCCUGCACUUUGACAUCCUGAACAAACAUGGGGACUGUUCCAGCGAUUACUUGGAAAUAGAGGACGUGGAUGUGUCCGGGAGAAUGUCUUCUCUGGGGCGGUUUUGCACGGACGCAAGGGUUCCCGAAGGCGUCUUCUACUCAAGCAAGAACGAGAUGUACCUGACGUUUGUUAGCGACAAGUCCAUCGCGGCCUCGGGGUUCCUGGUUUCCUACACCGAAUACCUCUAUAAUGUUUCCGCUGAUAUUUACAGUAAAUGGAAACAGGAUAGUUUGAAUGACAAAAGACGCGAGGGUCAUCAUGAAUGGUCGGACGGAUCCCAAUUGACCUUCACUGAUUGGUAUGUGUCUGAGGAAAGAACGAAGGCGUCACAGCCGAAUGGUGGAGAGCAGGAGGAUUGCGGAGUCAUCAUUCUAGGUAAUAUACAGUCCACGGCAUACUGGCAUGACAUCGCCUGUGCCAACGAUGACGUCUCUCAGUUCAUUUGUGAAAAACCAAUAACAGACAGGGUCGUAGAUGGAGUGGAUGUGUGUUUAGCCCCAGAAUACACGUGGAGUAACGUCUCUGUGUGUCUGUCAGGGCAAUACCGUUGUCAGAACGGAGAGUGCAUCUCGGCCCUGUUUCAGUGUGACAAAAUGCCGGAUUGCUCUGAUGGCUCAGAUGAACUAAAGUGUGGAACUGAAUGCGGCCCCCUAAGCUUCACUUGCGACAAUGGCGAUUGUAUCUCAAUAUCAUUCUACUGUGACUUCAAAGCGGAUUGUGCAGACAGAUCGGACGAGGCUACCUGUGCCAGGCGACGCUGUGAUCCAGACGAAUUCCGGUGUGACAAUGGCCAGUGCGUUCCCGGCGACCAGGUCUGUGAUAUCCAGACAAAUUGCCAGGACGGCUCCGAUGAAAGAGACUGUAGUACGUAA